UUCAUCUGUCUGUCGCUACUUCAACUGUUUAAAGUUGCUUCUAAACAAAGUUCCAAACCGUCUCUCAGCAGUACCGUUCGCGAUGAAUUUCGAUCCGAAUAUCGAAAAUAUGAAUCAGAACUACAACAGUUUGUUCACAACUAGUGGGGGAUACCCAGGAAAUAGCAGCAGCGAGGAUAACGACUCCGGAUCAGAACACGAUGACGGCCUGAGACAAGUUAGAUACGAUGUUCCCAUUCUGCAAAACAUGAUGAACAUCUCAAACCCGAAUAUGGGCAUGGGUAUGGGGCUGACCCCCGUUAGAAAGCGCCGGGGAAAUUUACCAAAGCAUGCUGUUAAAAUAUUAAAGCGCUGGCUCUAUGAGCACAGAUACAACGCCUAUCCUAGCGACGCUGAAAAGCUCACUUUGUCUCAAGAAGCUGGUCUGACAGUGUUGCAGGUCUGCAAUUGGUUUAUUAAUGCACGCAGAAGGAUUCUUCCUGAAAUGAUCCGACGAGAAGGCCACGAUCCGCUGAACUACACUAUUUCUAGAAGAGGCAAAAAACUGACUGGAGCCAACAUGAUACCUGAUCAGGGAAGAGUUGGAUGGGCCAAUGAAUAUGAGCACUCGGGGGCCAAACGAAUGCGACUAAACCAAGAGUAUGAGGACAGUAUGACCCUGUUUUACCGCUCGGAGGCGGAAGAUAGUAACGACUACGAAGACUCCAGUCACAGUGAAGAGGAAAAAUUCAACCCAAACUGGCAAUACGGAAGCAUUACAAACGAAGUUUCCAGAGUAUACGAUUCGGGCUCACAGUACAAUCACCAGAUCUUGCAGUCAAUUGCAGGGCCGAGCCCCAAAGUGCAGGUUAUGCCAGCCAAUCAAAUCGAACCGGGGGCACUGAUGAACGAUGAAGAAGACAAGGAGAAGUUCAAGUGUCUCUAUUUGCUGGUCGAGACUGCGGUGGCAGUUAGACAGCGCGAGAAGGAGCAGGAAGUCUCGCAAGUACCAUAAAUGUGUGUGUUUGUACCAGUUUUUCAAUAUUAGAUCGUAAGAUUUGUUAUCGUUUUCCAUAGUUUUUUAUAAAUGUUAUAUGAAA